CUUACCUCGACCUGUGGAAUCUCUCUAAUACACCAUUUCCGGCGUGCUCUUCUUCAUGGACCACCCUUCUGCGCCUCUCCCCGUCGACAACCCUCAGCAUGUGCAGGAGGGCAUCUUCAACGGGCCGGUCCACCUCGCGCGCGGACGCCAGGCGCGCGACCCGCAGGCAAAGACGGUCACGUACAGCGUCGCGUCGCUGGAAGAAUUCGAAUCCUGUCUACGCGAAUACCUGGCCACCCUCGCAGACCGGGACCCAGAGCACACCGAGUGCCAGCUCUCCUUCUGGAUAGGCACGAGCUUCCUCGUUUCGGCGCCCGAUCCCAAUCCCCAGCAGCAGCAACACCAGCAGCCUCAGCAGCCUCGAUUAUCGUCGCAGCCCCACCUCGCCCAGCACCCCGACGCGGCCCCGGGCUACCAGCCCGCGAACGGCAUCCAGUAUGGCGCGCCGAACCCGUACCAGAACGUCUCCGACCCUGCCAUCGCUUUGACGCUACAGACAUUUCCGCAGCAGUCGCCGCCGUCGAAUCCGGACGCGAAUGGCGCCGGCAACGCGAGCAACACUCCCAAGAAGCUGCAGGUGGAGCACAAGGUCAGCAUGAGCAUCCUAGAGGCGCUGCAGCCGACGGAAGAUCCGAAAGAGAAGAUGCGGAAGCAAAGAGCAAUUGCAAAGAGCUGCGUCGACGCGAUACAAAGGUCGGAUGGCUUUCGGUACAGCUUCCACAACUGCUGGAACAGCCGGGAGGACGACAGCUUCCGCUUCUCCUACUACUGCAACGACUCGCUCCUGAACAAGGACCGUGCCGCAAACGGGAAGGGGGCAAAGCUGGGGAAACGCGCAACGAAGCCGGUGUACGACUGCAAAGGCGUGCUGUCGGUCAAGUUCUCAGCCAGCAAGCAGAGCCUGGAUGUUUUCUACAAGCAUGUCCCCAUCCACAAGACAUAUGAGGAGCGGGCUCCCCCGCCACGCAAAGACUCGAAGCGGCGCAAAUAUCUCGAGGAGAACGAUCCAGAGGCGCUAUCCAGGAUACAGAAUCGGCCCAAGUCAGAGAAGAGGGAAUCAGACCCCGCAGCUCCGCCUAAGCCUAGCAAGAAGAGGAAGAAGCCCGAAGAGACCAAGCCUUCCUCCACAUCGCUGGAGAGUGAUUUAAGAGCACAAAGCUUGCGUUCUCUGCUCGAACUUAUCCGCCCGGAUCCUGCUCCUGAACCGUCUUUCCCCGUCCAGCAUGCUCCCCAACCCCCGCCUCCACCACCGCCAUCACAGCCCCAACCUGCGGCUCAUGUGGACCCCAAGCCAGCGAAUCCUCCGCAGAUGCACGGUCAGGCGCAGGCUCCGGCGCACGCGCACGCGCACGCGCAUGUUCAGCAGACUCGAAAGCGGCCCCGAAAUAGCUGCGAUGUGUGUAAGGCCAAGAAGACGAAGUGCGAUGGUACGCGGCCAGUUUGCCAGACCUGCAUCGACAAAAAAAGACAAUGCAUCUACACGGACAUGGGAGACGACCGGCGUCCGUCGGCGCCCGACCCUACCGAAUCGGUGCGACAGGCACAGGCUGCGAGUACUGAACUCUCCGAGCUGGAAAGGAUGAAGAAGGAACUUGAAGACGCCAAAGCCCGCAUACACGAGCUAGAAGAGGAAAAGAGGCGGACCUCGAUUACUCCAGCUCAGACGCCUCAAGCACCUCAAGCGCCUCGGCCUCAUUCCCGGUCGCAAUCCGAUGCCAAACCCCAGCCCGUUCCGCCGCAGCAGCAGCAACAGCGUCAACAUCAACAGCAGCAAGUGCAAAUGCAGACGGCUCAGCUCCAGAACGCUCAGCAGCUUCAGAACGCUCAGCAGCUCCAAAGCCCGCAGCAGCUACAGAGCCCUCAGCAAAUGCAAGCACCCCAACAGCUUCAGAAUACCCAACAAUUACAGACGCCGCAGUACAACCAUUUCAGUAAUCACACGGCUCACCCGUACGGGCUUAACCGUCCGAUGCCACCGCAGAAUAUGUCGCAAACCCCUUCUCAGGCACAGCCAACCCACGGGUUACCUUCUGGCACCGGUCUAACGCCGACGGCAGACGCCAGCAACCCGUACGGCCGCGAAUUCGGCUGGCCAGCCGCAUACUACGGGUACCAAAGCGCCCAGCAGCACCAGCCCGAUCAAUGGGCAGCUCCGCGGAACUCGAGCGUGUUCCGGUAGACUCCCGCCUAGAAGGCGACAAAGUGGCGAGAGGUUGAAGAGACGGUUGCGCAGGUUCAGACCGCCUUUCAAUGUCUCGAGCAUUCCGUGUUUAUUAUGAUCUUUCCUCUUUCUCUUUCGGCACAUGCGAUUUUCAAUUGCAUUACGGUUGUGGGAUAAGUAGCAUGGUGUAGGGCGCUGGCGGAUCAUUAUACCCUUUAUUGAUUUGCACACUGGACUAUCGGGCGUGAUCCGACAAAAUGCAUUUAGGCGUCACCUUGGUAUGUAUUGCCUCCUCUCCUGCCACCAGUUCUCAUGGAUGGACGGGACAAGGCCUGAAAUGAAC